AUGACCCCUUAUCAUCAGCUCCAACAAACCAACAGCCAUCCCGUCCUGAGCACAUCCCAACUUCCUAUCCUUUCAAGUGUGGUAUCUGUAACCUUACUUUCCGGAAACGAUAUGAACUCAACCGUCACAAGACACGCCACGACAAACGCUUCAAGUGCAAAGUCAAUGGCUGUGCCUCAGCAUUACAGAACGAAGCGCCCCAACAUGGCUGAAGAGUGUACAAUAUACUUCUGUCACGUUGAAGGUUGCAAAUAUGGCUUUGAGCUUGACCGAGAGUUCUCCAGGAAGGACAAUCGGGAUCGUCACCUCGCCAGCCAUGCUAGGAAGAGGGAGCUCUAA